AUGAGGGGUUACUUCAAGGACAAGGAAGCCACCGAGGCCGCUUUUCGAGGUGGGUGGUUCUGGAGUCGCGACAUAGGUGUCAUAGAUCCCGAUGGAUCACAAGAUGUUAUAACUUGCGGUGGAGAAAUUUUGGGAUCCACAGAGAUCGAAGGGCUUCUCUAUAGUCACCCGGCGGUUUAUGAAGCUGCGGUGGUUGGACGACCGGACGAAGCUUUAGGAGAGUCAGUCUGUGCUUUCGUAAAGCUCAAGGAAGGAGUUGAGGCCAAAGAGGAAGAGAUCAUUGAGUUUUGUGAGAGAAAGCUUGGGAACAAGUACAUGAAGAUGGUUCCAAAGACAGUAGUAUUCUCGGAUCUUCCUAAGACUUCUACUGGGAAGACUCAGAAGAAUGUUCUGAAAAAGAUAGCUAAGGAUAUGUCUUUGUUCCAUUGA